AUGGUCUCUUACACGCUUGUCUUCGCCGCUCUGGCCGCCGCUGUCUCUGGCGCGCCAUGCGCGUCCAACGCAACCAUCAAGUGUCCCAUCGUCUUCGACGGCCGGAUUGCCGCCUCAGCGGCUCUGACCGACCUCGACAGCUCGUCCACGUCGCCCUUCAACCCAGACUACGUCAAGGGCAACAGCCUCAAGUGGAGCAACAUCAUCCUGUUCCCCUCGGUGCCCAACAGCCGCUUCGACAAUGCCUCGCACAGGCCUCUCGAGGUGACACUGUCCGACAAGUCUGUCUUCCAGUCGCAGAACGGCUUCCGCCGCGCGGGCCUGCAGUUUGCCGGCGACAGCAACAACGGCUCGCCCGGCUACACGGGCAUCAAGACGCUGCACUUCAGCGUCAAGCAGGACCCGGCGCGCGCUCUGAACCUCAGCCACGAGUACCUCAACGUAUGGCACGAAGCCGCCGACUACAGUGCCGACCAGAUCAUGUUCGAGACGGGCACCAUCCUCGGCCAGACGGGCCUGCCUAAGAACACGUUCAAGUUCUUCGACCGCAACAUGAAGCAGCUGUGGAGCACCGCCGUCGACGGCACCGCUUGGCAGAACUUCGCCGUAACUCUGAAUAUAAAUAGCAACACCGUGCAGGUUUACUACUCCAAGGAUGACGAGCCGCUCAAGUCGGUGACCAGUGCUGUUUCAGCCGAUUUGUCGGGACAAGGGCAAUUCCAGAUCGGUAUCCUGAAGAAACCCACAGGUACCUCAGAUGUUGUAAACUCGGGCUAUCAAGAGAGUGGGCUAAAUGAAGGCCAAAUCUACGGGGGUCUUUUUAUUGAGGACAGCUCGAACGGUUGCAUUUCCCUCUAA